UUUUAAUAACAAAAUGCCAGACAGCAAGUUAACUAGCAAAGCAGGCUCUAUGGACAUAGAAGUGUACGAUUCCAGUACAAAUGAUGAUCCCUUUCAGCACAUUCUCGAAAAAGUCGGCAACCAUGGCCGUUUUCAAUUCAUCUACAAUGUAACAUUCGUUAUGAGUCUGUCAAUUGCGGGAGCCAUGAUUUACAUGAAUAUAAUUUUAGCUUUAAAUAUACCCGAUCAUUGGUGCACAGUGCCGGGGAGAGAGGAAACGAAUUUAACACUAAGUGAAUGGAGAAAAUUUACAUUGCCCACCACCCAGGACAAUCGAGGUACAGAAAAAUAUAGUAGCUGCCAAAUGUAUGAUGUAAAUUUUACAGAAAUUCAUGAUUGGAAGAAUUGGAAUUCAACAUCAGCAAAUGUAACAGUUUGCAAAAAUGGCUGGAGUUAUGAUCAAACUUGGUUUAAAAACACAAUACCAACAAGAGAGAAUUGGGUCUGUUCAAAGAAUUUGUAUGUGACAAAUAUUUUCGUUGUUGGACGCGUGACGGAAGUGGCAGGUUCAUUUCUGCUUGGACAAAUGGGUGACAUUUUUGGCCGUCGUAUUGUUUAUUACAUCAGUGUUAUAUUUAGCUCUUUCGGCAGACUUUCAGCAAUUCUAACGACGGCUCAUUAUACUUGGUUCCUGGUAUUUUCCUGCUUGACAUCAUUGACCAUCAAUAGUCUAUUUCACUCACCUCAUAUUAUUGCCAUGGAAAUAUCAAGGGAGGAUGAUCGCAGUCUUAUAGCAAUGUAUCACAAUUUUGGUUGGUCAGUUGGUAUAACAAUAGUGCCGCUAUUGUUUUGGUGGCUGCGUGAUUGGCAAUCAUUUAUGUGGAUAUCGUCGGUGCCUGCUGCAUUAUUCUUGAUUUUUUACUCAUAUGUCGUUGAAUCACCACGUUGGUUGGUUAACAAGAAACGCUUUGGCGAUGCGAUUACACAAUUAAAGAAAAUUGCUAAAAUCAAUGGUCGUCAGUUCGAUAUGACGGCAAAAGAGUUGGCUCAGUUAUACUCCUCAACAAAACAAGAGGUUACUUAUGGCUUUGCUUCAUUGUUUAGUGGUUGGCGAUUGGCUAGAAAUACUUCGAUAUUGGGUUUCUGUAGGUGCGUUGUCGGCAUUUCUUACUUCACCAUAGUUCUAUUCAGUUCAGGUAUGAGCGGAAAUCCUUUUUUAAAUUUUCUCCUUCAAAGUAUAGCGGAAAUACCGGCCUAUUUUAUGGGAAAAUAUAUGGGUGAUAAAUUUGGACGCCGUUUAACUAAUAGUUUUUCAUUGUUCAUCUCAUUCCUCACCUGUUUACCGGUUAUAUUUUUGGCAAAGGAGAAGAAGUAUGAGUUUGUUGUAAUGGGUUUGGCGUCGUUUAUAAAGUUUUUAAAUGCGCUUACUUACUUUACGGCCAGCUUACAGGGCAUGGAGAUUUAUCCCACUUGUAUGCGUCAGACGGGCUGUGCUUUUGGUGCUAUUUUAGGAAAUUCGGCCGGAGUUUUAGCGCCGUAUUUGGUGUAUUUAAGCAUCACAUUCGACAUACGCUGUCCCUAUUAUAUUUUGUGCAUUUUGUUUUUGCUAGCCACCAUCGGUGCUUUAUUCUUGCCGGAAACAUUGCAUAAAAAACUGCCCGAUACUAUGGAGGAGGCUCGUCAAUUUGGUGUAAAUGAUAAAUUCUUUAGUCUACCCAAGCCUCUAAAAGUUAGUUCAAUAGUUGCAAUACAUGGGAAUGAUAUAGCUGCAAUGCAGAAGCUAAAUCAGAAACAAUAUGCACCUUAAACUAACAUUAAACUUUAUUAUAUAAAUUUAGUUGUUCCAGUUUCUGCACCAUUUGAU